CAUGAGCGGAAGAGGCAAAACCGGAGGAAAAGCCCGCGCUAAGGCUAAGACUCGCUCCUCAAGGGCGGGCCUGCAGUUCCCAGUCGGCCGUGUUCACAGACUGCUACGCAAAGGUAACUAUGCUCAGCGCGUCGGUGCUGGAGCUCCAGUGUACCUGGCCGCUGUGCUUGAGUAUCUGACCGCUGAGAUCCUGGAGUUGGCUGGAAACGCCGCUCGGGACAACAAGAAGACCCGCAUCAUCCCCCGACACCUUCAGUUGGCGGUGCGCAAUGACGAGGAGUUGAACAAGCUUCUGGGGGGAGUGACCAUCGCUCAGGGUGGCGUGCUGCCCAACAUCCAGGCUGUGCUGCUGCCCAAGAAGACCGAGAAGGCCGAGAGUUACGCUAUCUACGUGUACAAAGUGCUGAAGCAGGUCCAUCCCGACACCGGAAUCUCAUCAAAGGCGAUGGGAAUCAUGAACUCUUUCGUUAAUGACAUCUUCGAGCGCAUCGCCGGUGAGGCGUCUCGUCUCGCUCACUACAACAAGCGCUCCACCAUCACAUCCAGAGAGAUCCAGACCGCCGUGCGUCUGCUGCUGCCCGGGGAACUGGCUAAGCAUGCCGUAUCUGAGGGCACAAAGGCCGUCACCAAGUACACUAGCUCUAAGUAAAGUGCUGAAUCAACUGCUAUUAAAAGGCUCUUUUAAGAGCCACCCACGUUUUCGUCUAUAGAGGGCAUUCUGUCUGAAUAUUGAACUAGAUUGGCAGAAGUAACGACUUUCCAUCUACCAUUCGUUCUAAUGAUUUAAUCACUUCAUGCACCGCUCAAACUGGCACUGGAAAUAUUCACAAUAAACCAUAAAUUCUGCCACGUUUAAGAAGUUACAAGCCAAGUUGGAUUUGUAGUUUAUUCAAACUAGUUUUUCAGACCCUGAGCAGGAAUUGCUUUUUAUAAAUACAUUUUGCGUUGUUGGAUUGCUUUUUAAAACAAUCAAUAGAAUUGAAAAGUAAAAUAAAAAUGCAGUUUAGUAUUCUUUGGCAAAAAAAAAGGACAAAAUAUGUUUACGGUCGCAUUAUAUUAAUAUGUG